AUGGAAAACACAAUCAGCACAGGGCACAAAGAACACCAGCGACUAUCCAGAAAAAUGGAUACAGAAAGAUCGGAGAUGGCUGAACGCAUCGCCCUUACCGGGCACACAAAGGAGUGGAGUGCAAAGGAAAGAUUGGCUUCAUAUAGGGCGUCCUCUUUCAAAGAAACCUUAUUAACAGAAGAUUGGACGAGGGAAGAGUCAACGAGAAUUUCGCGUAUUGUCCAGGGCGAUAUGGUAAUACAACAAAGACAUAAAAGAGAUGACGCUUGGACCAAUGACAACUUUUUAACAACAGGAAGAGACAUAGUCAAAGAGAGGAUCAUGAGGGGCAAAGGCAAGUCAAAAAAUGCAAAUGCAGUAAGGGCAGUCGAGCAAGAAAUGUGUCUGAAUGUACCGGUGUGGGUCCACCUGUGGGAUAUGGGCUUGAACUUUGUUGUGACGAUGUUACCUCGCUCUGAUGAUUUCCGUCAUAUGAUGGACGAAAGCUUAGCACAUUUUCACCAGAGUCGAGUGAGAUUGCCUCGGAAACAGCGUCAGCAUGAAUCUUCCAGUGAAGCCAAUCGACAGCUGAUCAAGAGAAAUCCGCCGUCGUCUUCUGGUGGUGCCAACCUUUUAAUCUCUUCACGCAACACUUUCACUCGAAAUGGAAGUAAGCUCAACAAUUAUGUAAAUUAUACACCAUUAGAGGCGCUAGGCCAAACAUAUAGGUCCAUUUCAAAUUGA